CUGUGUUGAGAUUCAAGAGAGUGUCGACGACGACGACUCGACGGUCGACAACGGCCACAGAACAUUCGAUACAGUUUUACUUUCUUAUCGCAUCCCCCUCUCGGUCAGGAGAAAGUAGAAACAAAAAUAGAGGAAGAAGAAGAAGAAGAAGACGAAGAAGAAGAAGAAGAAGAGUCUCUCAAUUAGUCACCAUGGCUACUCACCUCAGAGGCCUAGAGAACAUGUUUUAGCUCUAAUCACAGAUGUUGUACUGUUGAUGAUGGCUUCCAUUCAUCAAUCGUCAUGGGUUUUCACUCUCAAGGCCAUUAAUGGUGUUUCUUCUUCCAAAACCAACCUUUUUUCAUCAGCAAACCUCAGGGCAUAUCCCUUAAGAACUCCUAAAAUAUCAGCGUCUCUGGAAGACUCCAUUGAGGAUACUUCACCGUCUAAUUCAGCGGAAACAGGUUCUGGUGACCAAUUGGGUUCUUCGGACCCAGUGAAGCUCGCUUUUUCUAGAGCCAAAUCUUAUAAAAAAUCCUUAAAAUCGAACCCGGGCCCCAAACAAAACCAAAACCCAGUUGCAGAAUUGGUUGGAAAUGUAAAUGUGGAUGGUAGGUCGGUUUCAGAUGAUAUCGAUGGUGGCACGAAGGAAGUUCCAGCUUCUGUUAAGCUUGCAAUGGAGAAAGCUAGGGAAUAUAAGAAGAACAAAGGGAUUUUGGGAAUGGUGGGUGGUGACAAGAAGGCUAGGGAGGGGGAGAAUGUAAGUGCUGGUUCGAUUUCGGAUGAUGCUGAUGGUGGCACGAAGGAAGUUCCAGCUUCUGUUAAGCUUGCAAUGGAGAAAGCUAGAGAACAUAAGAAGAACAAAGAGGUUUUGGGAAUGGCGGGUGGUGAUAAGAAGGCUGGGGAGAGGGAGAAUGUAAGUACUGGUUCGAUUUCAGAUGAUGCCGAUGGUGGUUAUGUAGAUUCUGGUAACCUUUCAAAUGAUGCCGGUGGUGGCACGAAGGAAGUCCCGAUUUCUGUCAAGCUUGCAAUGGAGAAAGCUAGAGAAUAUAAGAACAAAGGAGUUACAACAACUGCGGAUGGUAACAAGAACGUUGGGGAAAAGGAUAGCAAUCUAGGAUUAGAGAAAACGAACGUGGGAAACUCAGGAGGCAAGUUUGUUGAGAAGAGGGUUACUAAGAAGGAAGAAUUAACUAUUUCCAGCAUUGACUUUUUGGGUCUUGGCUUUUCGGAUAAGAGGCAGAGCAAGGGGUUGCCAGCGGGUUUGGUUCCAGUAACAGACCCUUUUGCAGAUGGGGAUUUGCCUGAGGUGGAAUUGAUUGUUGGGGAUGCUAGCAAGUUUGGAACUGCAACACCUGUGAAGCCAGAGCUUAAUGAAGAUGAUUCAGAUUUAUACAAGCCCAAAGUUUCUACUUGGGGAGUCUUCCCGAGGCCAAGCAACAUUUCAAAAACGUAUGGUGGUGGAAGGGUGAUUCGCCCAGGGGAGGUGCUUGAAACAGAAGAAGACAGAGCUGCUAAGGAAGCACGGACUAGACAAUUACUUGCUGCCUACAAGAAUAAGAUGGGCUUGACAAUUGAUGCUAAGCUAAAAGCUGAAUGUGAGAAGGCUUUGAAAGAUGGUGACUACUUCAUGGAUCUUGGGAAGCUUAAAGAGGCAUUGCCUUAUUAUGAAAAAGUAAUGAAGGAAUUGGCCUUUCAGAAUGAACUUCAUGGAUUAGCUGCUUUGCAGUGGUCUAUUUGUCAAGAUUCACUUAGCAGGCCAAAUGAGGCUAGGGUUAUGUAUGAGAAGCUCCAGUCUCACCCAAAUGUGCAAGUAAGCAAGAAGGCAAGACAGUUCAUGUUUGGUUUCCAGGCCAUGGAAAUGAUGAAGGUCACAAGUUCAUUUCUCUCCCUAAAGGCAACGGGCUACCAAGAUUAUUUUGAAGCAUUUAUAGAAGACAAAACCAAUUACACUCCAACAGAAAAUGAAGAUGAAGGUGCACUAACUCAAGCCCUUCCAUAUAUUAUUUUUCUUGUUUCUCCCAUUUUUCUCAUACUACUUGUAGCUUUACAAAGAGGUACUUGAUAUUGAAAAUUAGAAACCUGCAAGAUCUUAUUCUUAUUAAUCACUUAUUGUCCUCUGGAGUGUAGUGGUCCAAGUAAUUUUGUUCACAAUUUAUUAUUUCUGAAUACACAUUUGCAUAUUUACUAUUA